UUCAAGAAGCACUGCAUAUUAACCUAUAAAUAUGGUUGCGUAUGCACUGAUCAAAAUCAGUUUGCAAAAUGAAGUUAACCUUAGUUAUCCUGCUGGCCAUCGGUCAUCUAACCUCUUCCAAUGAUGUACAAACAAUAGUAGUAGAAUGCGCCAAAAAAGAGGGAGUGUCCGAUGACCUAUUGAGAAAUCAUCCAACUGACAUGAGAGUCAAAUGCUUGGCUUAUUGUCAAUACGAGAGGACCAAAGUUAUUGUAAAUAAUAGAGUUUCAAUACAAGGUAUCCCGAAUGCUAAGCCGUGCCUAGGCUUAAGGGACACCAACAAAUGUGAGCUGGGCUAUAAGUUAAAAGAAUGUUUGAGUAAAUAUUUGACUGGGCGAGAAAGGGAGGAAUUGGUAUAAUACAUGAAAACCUUUUCCUAAGUUUUUUGAUUAAUGAAAUAAUAAUUGAAGCUUUGAAAUAGCGCCACUCAGUCUUCUCCUGCCCGAUUUCUCAACAUGCUAAUCAAACAUUUUCAAUGCCCACUAAUAAAUUCGUCAUGUAGUGUUAAGAAGACCAUUUCGAUUUUCGGAUAGAUGAUGGACUUAACCUUUGAAUGCGGCAUAAACUCUUAACACUCAACAAUUAGCACUCGAUUGGUACACGAAUUUAAAGAAGGAAACUUUUAACGCUAUACAAAUUUGAUAUGCAAAUAGUUUUCAAUUAACAGAAGAACAAAUACCGACAAUAAAACUCCAGCUAUGCGAGACAAAA